AUGCUGGUCGCCCUGAGGAGCAAGGUUGUCUUCCGCGAGACCUCGCGCUACAUCCUGUUUGCUCAUAUGCUCUUCAAUGACACUCUCCACCUGGUGAUUAGCAUGUUCCUCUACCUCUGUAACUCGAUGUACGUUGGCAUGGUCCGUAUCGUUUGCGGCGUUAUCAUUCUAAUAUCCACCUCGACAUUCACCAAUGCACCCCUCAACCUGGCCGUGAUGUCUUUGGAGAGGUACAUUGCCAUCUGUUUCCCUCUGAGGCACAGUGAGCUGUCCACCUCAUCGAGGACACACCUGGCCAUGGCAUUCAUCUGGGUCUUGGGUUCCGCCAAUGUGCUAAUUGAUGUCUUUGCUCUCUUCUUCACAGAGCCCUCAUUUUUCUUAUCACCAAGGUUGUGUACACUCGAACAGGUGAUCGCGAACAAUUGGCAGAAGAGCAAGGGGACUGGCCUAAACGUGGCACUCUUUGUGCUGGUGGGGAUCAUUCUGCUGUACACCUAUGUGGCAAUAAUGAUGCGGGCUCACUCCGCCUCCACUGAUAGGGCCUCGGCUCAGCGGGCCAUGAAGACAGUGAUGCUACAUGCGUUCCAGCUGUGCCUGUCCCUCAUGUCCUUCCUUUAUGUCCUGUUUGAGGGACUGAUGGCCAUGCUCCCCCCAGCAAUUUUCAUUCAGCUGCGCUACGUCAACUUUUUUGUGGUCCUACUCCUGCCGCGGUGUCUGAGCUCUCUCAUCUACGGGCUGAGAGAUGAAGGCUUCAGGCCUGUAUUUAAGUACUACUUCACCUGCGGUACCAAAAAAGUGGAACACUCCCAGAGUAGCAGGAAGCACUGA